UGUUUGCUUUCAAAUCCAUGUUUUCCUGGAGUGAAGUGCACAUCACAUCGCGAUGGAUCAUGGGAGUGUGGACGUUGCCCGUUGGGAUUAAAAGGCAAUGGCUCCCACUGUGAAGAUGAGAAUGAGUGUGAAGUGGAGAGUGUUUGUGUCACAGAGUGUGUAAACACAGACCCUGGAUUCUACUGUCUGCCCUGUCCUCCUCGCUAUAAAGGCAACCAGCCGUUUGGCCUCGGACUGCAGGAAGCUCAGGAAACCAGGCAGGUGUGUGAGCCAUACAACCCUUGCAAAGACAACACACACACCUGCCACAAGUAUGCUGAGUGUAUCUACUUGGGCCUGGCGUCUGAGGUGUUGUUCAAGUGUGUGUGCGCUGUCGGCUUUGCGGGUGACGGCUUCCUGUGCGGUGAAGACUCUGAUCUGGAUGGAUGGCCCAACAACAGAUUACCCUGCAAGCAGAAUGCAACCUAUCACUGUCAACAGGAUAAUUGCCCCAUGCUCCCAAAUUCCGGACAAGAGGACUUUGACAGGGACGGACGGGGAGACGCCUGUGAUCCUGAUGACGACAAUGAUGACAUUAUAGAUGAGAGGGACAACUGCCCGCUGGUGUACAACCCUCGGCAGUUUGACUCUGACAGAGAUGGAGUCGGGGACCACUGUGACAACUGUCCGUUUGAUAGCAACCCGCUGCAGACAGACACUGACGACAACGGAGAGGGGGACGCCUGCAGCAUUGACAUUGAUGGAGACGAGAUUCUGAAUGACCAUGACAACUGUCCCUCUGUCUACAACACGGACCAGAGAGACACGGACCUGGAUGGUGUUGGAGACCAGUGUGACAACUGUCCCCUUCUACACAACCCAAUGCAG